AUGUCGACCAUCUCGCUUGCGUCCCCCGCCGAUUUUCACGUCCAUCUUCGUCAGGGAGACCUAUCCAACCUAGUCACAAAACAUGUCAGGCAAGGUGGAUUCAAGCUCGCGUAUGUCAUGCCAAACCUGAAACCGCCCAUUACCACCACCGAUCAGGCUCUUCUUUACAAAGCUCAGCUGCAGUCGAUAGAUCCUGCAGUCGAGUACUUGAUGACCUUGUAUCUCUCGCCAGAGCUUACACCAGACGAGAUACGGAAAGCUAAGCGUUCCGGUAUAGUCGGCGUGAAGUCGUAUCCUCGUGGCGUAACGACCAACUCCGAGGGAGGCAUUGAGUCUUAUGAGGCGUACUACCCUGUUUUUGAAGCGAUGGAGAAGGAGGGUAUGGUCCUGAAUCUGCAUGGCGAAGUCCCUUCCGAUGCUCUGACCGACGUCUGCGUUCUCAAUGCUGAACCCGCCUUUCUUCCCCAUCUCCGCAAGCUACAUGCUCGAUUUCCUCGUCUGCGCAUUGUGCUUGAACAUGCUACUACUCGCGCGGCAGUAGAAUGCGUGAAAAGCUUAGGACACACAGUCGCGUGCACUAUCACUGCCCAUCACCUUGCGAUGACGGUUGAUGACUGGGCCGGUCAAUCUUGGAACUAUUGUAAGCCAGUAGCCAAAUAUCCAGACGACAGACAAGCCUUGCGGGAUGUCAUCAAAGAAGGUCAUCCUCGCUUCUUCCUUGGCUCUGACUCCGCUCCGCAUGCUCCCAACACGAAGUCUACCGCUUCUCCUCUUCAUCCCUGCGCUGCCGGCGUGUACACUUCACCUAUCCUGCUGCCUCUAGUAGCGCAUCUCUUGGAGUCGUUCGGUGCGCUGAAACGUCUUGAAGAAUUCGUCAGUGCGAACGGGCGCGCAUUCUAUGGCGUACCUGUUCCCGAUGGUGAUAGCCAGGUAAUGUUGCAGAAGGUACAAGGCAAUGUGAUUGAGGAGAAAUGGGUCCUUGGGAAGCAAAGUGUUGUUCCUUUUUGGGCGGGGAGACCUCUUGACUGGAAGAUUGUGGCUGAAUAG